UUGGUUUAGUGUUUCAUUCCGUCACGAGCUACCCACACGGCCGGUUCUCGCGGUAGUUAGCGCGUGCGACAAUCCGAGAAGCUCGCCGGUUCAGUCUGUGAUUUUAACAUCAUUAGUUGCUUAAAACGCUUUAGCCCUGUGUUCCUGUGAGAGCAGCGUGUUUCCGGAACAUUCUGGCACAAAACAUCGAGCACGAACGGAAACGGCACGACCGGAUGCAAGGAAUGGCCGCCGUACGAGGCUGGUGGUCGAUGUGCGUGGUAGUAGCCCUGGCCCUCACCUACCUGUCCUCAGUGUCUGCAGACGCUGAAUCCGUGAAGCAGCCACUCGUGUUCACAGUGGCCAGCAACGAAACCGAAGGCUAUCUUCGCUACCUCCGAUCGGCGGCCCACUACGGUCUCGUCGUGAAGCCGCUCGGUCUCGGCAAACCGUGGCGCGGAGGAGACAUGAAGUCCGUCGGUGGGGGAUACAAAAUAAACCUGCUGCGGGAAGCCCUGAAACCGUUCCGCGACGACGAGGAUCGUCUCAUCCUGUUUACCGACAGCUACGAUGUGUUGUUUUUGGCACCGUGGGAAAAAAUUCUUCAAAAGUUCCGUUCCUUCAACGCAUCGAUUGUGUUCGGCGCUGAAGGGUUCUGUUGGCCGGAUGAGUCACUGAAGAGUUCCUACCCACCGCUCGAGGGACGCGGAAUGCGGUUCUUAAACUCGGGUCUUUUCAUGGGAUACGCCGACAAGCUGUACAAACUGCUGAAAAGACCGGUAAAGGAUAAGGAAGACGAUCAACUGUACUACACGAAGGGUUAUCUGGAUGCGGAGUUGCGAACGGAGUUGGGCAUGAAGCUCGACCACAUGGCCGCUUUGUUUCAGAAUCUGAACGGUGUCGAAGAGCAGGUCGCGCUCUCGUUGGUUACGACCGAGUCCGAACCGACGCUCACGAACACGGAAUACAACACGAAACCAGCGAUCGUGCACGGAAAUGGGCCGAGUAAGCUGACACUGAACAAUUACGCCAACUAUCUGGCCGGUGCGUUCGUCGAUGGUGUGUGCAAAGUGGUAGAGGAGAAUCGCCAAAAGCUCGAUGACGAAGCGAAGCUGCCGCUGGUUACGAUGGCACUGUUCAUUGAAAAACUGACACCGUUCCUAGAGGAAUGGUUUAGUCGUAUCGCGCAACUAAACUAUCCCGCCGACCGGCUGGAUGUUCUGGUACACUCGAGUGUAGCGUACCACGAUGCGACGGUGAAGACAUUCCUUGCUCAACAGGAAGGACGCUAUCGGUCGCUGAAGGCAAUUGACCACGAGGAUGAUUACAAGGAAGCGGCCGCUCGUACGUUUGCCACCAAGCACUGCGAGCAGCGUGGCUGUGAUUAUCUUUUCGUCGUCGACUCCGAGGGUCACCUAGACGAUUCGAAUGUACUGCGUGCGUUGAUCGAAGCGAACCGCAACGUGAUAUCGCCCGUCCUGACGCGCCCCGAGAAGGUGUGGAGCAACUUCUGGGGUGCGCUAAGCAACCAGGGGUUCUAUGCGCGGUCCAGCGACUAUAUGGAUAUCGUGGGUCGCAAACUGCUGGGCCUGUGGAACGUCCCGUUCGUUUCGAUCGUCUAUCUGAUCAAACGUCGUAUUCUGCCCGACAUUAGUUAUGAGCUACAGGAAACGGAUCCAGACAUGGCGAUGUGUUGGCACUUCCGCUCGAAGGGCAUCUUUAUGCACGUGAUCAACAUGGAACAGUACGGUCACCUGGUGGACACCGAGUACUUCGACACGGCGCGCACCCAUCCGGACUUUUACCAGCUGUUCAACAACCAACACGAUUGGGAACAACGCUAUCUUUCGCCGGAGUACCGGCCGCAGCUGGAGUCCUCGUUUGUUCCCCAGCAGCCCUGCCCGGACGUUUACUGGCUCGCGAUCGGCACCGAGCGGUUUUGCGACGAUCUGCGAGAGAUCGUCGAAACGUUCGGUCAGUGGUCCGAUGGGACGAACAACGACCAACGGCUACAGGGCGGAUACGAAGCCGUCCCGACGCGAGACAUUCACAUGAAUCAGGUUGGUUUGGAGCAGGUUUGGCUCAAGUUUUUGCAGCUCUAUGUUCGCCCGCUGCAGGAGAAAGUGUUCACCGGCUACUUCCACGACCCACCUCGAUCGCUGAUGAACUUUGUCGUCCGCUACCGGCCAGACGAGCAGCCCUCGUUGCGACCCCAUCACGAUUCGUCAACCUACACGAUCAACAUUGCGCUGAAUAACGCUGGGACCGACUACGAAGGUGGUGGCUGCCGGUUCUUGCGCUACAACUGCUCGGUGACUGACACGCGCAAAGGAUGGCUCCUAAUGCACCCGGGACGUUUGACGCACUUCCACGAAGGACUGCUGACAGUGAAAGGAACCCGGUACAUUAUGAUUUCGUUCAUCGAUCCGUGAAACAACCAAAUACUCGCAGGACGCCCAACAAAGCAAUAGCCGUUUCCUGUGCAAUCCUUCCCCACAGGAAAAGGGCGAAAACGACUGUUUUAUGUGUGCCGUUCUUUUGUGUUCAUUUAGUAUUUUUAUGUUUUGACCAGUCGCGUCGUGCCAUUAUAUGCAGACUAAUCGUCUCUACUCUGCGCCAAUUGUCGCUCGAAAUAGGUUGUAAUAAACUAAUAAAAUAUAAUAA